GGAUGACAAUUAUAUCCACAUUUGUGCCGAGACCAGAAGCGUUCAAAAACGAGGAGCACGCGUCGAGAGCGAACCAUUACAUAAUUAAUCUCCACGCCGAGAGCUGUGUAACAGCUGAACCAACAGCUCAGAGUGCAAGUGUGUUCUUUUCGGCCAACUGAAUAGCCGGUUUUUGAGUGAGAGAGCGAGAGAACCCGGCCAGAACACUGACGUGUCAUUCAACUCGAUCGAGUGUCCAUAACGGGGAGAACCAGAGAACUCCAAAGAACUCCGAGGAAGCCAAAGAAUUUUAGAGAAUUACUGAGAAUUUCAGAGCAGCUCCGAGAGCGAGGCAGCAGCAAUUGUGCUGAGCGAAGCGAAAAACUGGCCAAGGAAAACACAAUACCGCUUCUCUUACCAUAUAUUACGAUUUCCAGCCAGUUGGCGCUGAGAGCCGGCAACUGUAAGGUCAAGUUCACAGAAGCCUCUGCGCCUAUUUGUUUUUUUGCCACGAAGAUGAUGCGGAUUUUGGUGACUCUUCUACUGGCCCUUCUACACUCCACCCUCGUGCCCUCGGUCCAGGCCUUGGCCUGCGGUGGCUGCGUGGAUCUGGACGAGAUCAAUUUCCAGAGGACAGUGGAAAGAUUUCCCUAUGCAUUGGUCAAGUUUGAUAUAGCAUUUCCCUAUGGGGAAAAGCAUGAAGCCUUUGGCGCCUUCUCGAAGGCAGCCCAUAAGGCCACAACGGAUCUCCUGGUGGCCACUGUGGGCAUCAAGGAUUAUGGCGAGCUGGAGAACAAGGCUUUGGGCGAUCGCUUCAAGGUGGAUGACAAGAACUUCCCAGAGAUCUUCCUAUUCAAGGGCAGCAUUGAUGAUUUCAUCCGCGUGCCCAGCCACAUGGACAUCACCCUGGACAACCUAAAGGCCUUUGUCAGCUCUAAUACCGAUCUGUAUAUCGGUCGCGAUGGCUGCAUCAAGGACUUUGAUGAUGGCCUCAAGAACUAUGCCAACAUUCCAGAUGCAGAGCAGACUGCCCUGAUUGAGAUCUUCGAGGAGAGGCUGGAGAAGAUGAAGAAUCCGGAGCAGCAGAAGAGUGCCAAAUUCUAUCUGGUCUAUAUGCGCAAGAUUCGGGAGCUGGGCUACGACUUCCUGGAGGAGGAGACCAAGCGUCUGUUACGGCUCAAAGCCGGCAAGGUUUCGGAGGCCAAGAAGGACGAGCUGCUGCGUAAACUAAACAUUCUGGAGGCCUUCAGGGUCAACAAGCUGACCAAAGACGCUCCGGAGAAGCAGGAGCUGUGAAAUUUAAUGUUUAAUAAAAUAUAAAAACACAAAAAAAAAGAACCAUAAGCUGUUAAAUCUGUACAACAUUUUAUCUAAGUAUAUGAAAACAAAAAUCGUGAGUGUACAAUAAAACUUAGA